AUGGCCACGAACACGGACGAGAACACGGUCCUGGCUGCCAUCCAAGCCGCCCGUAACGCCAAGCAGGCUCUGAGCGAGAUCGACGAUGAGCUGACAAUGCAUUACGACCUCGCUAGCCUAUCUCCCCGGCGCCACGCCGCCGCGGCGACGGAGUAUACCGCGUGGGAGGCCCGGCCUGCGGCGCGUAAGGCCAUGUUUGCAGCUCUCCUCGUCGUCAUUCAGCUUCUGCUCACUGGGGUCGACGUCUCGACUAUGACGCGAGCGGUGAUCCGCGCAUACAUUGCCGAGUGCAAGAACGAGUGA